GGACCUGCACGGAAAUAUGUAUCCCCCGUUCACCGCCGCCAAAGGUUCCAUCUUCAUUUUAUGUGUUUUAGAUUCGGCUCAACACAUCUCAGAAGACGCCAUCUGCUUAUGUUACCUCCCUCUUCAGUUGAACUUUUAGUAUCGAGUCGAUAUUUCUUUUCAAUUGACACAUUCGUUUUUAUCCACGGGAAAAUCGGGUCUCCAGCUCCAAAUUGAUCGUUGAAACCCCCCCCCACGACCGCCAACAACCCCCUUUCUCGACAUCAACCUGCGACAGGAAACUUGGCAAUAGUUCCGAAUUCUACCUCGACUACCAGUGUUGACCUCGUCGACCCCCGAUAGCUCGAGGCCCAAUCCGCCUCAAAUUAUCACCAUGAGCAAACCGGAGACCGAUGCGACGCCGAUGGAGCUCACAGAGGAGAAGAUGCAAAAACCCGGGGCGCCUACAACAGAGCAGAUGCUGCCGCACGGUUCAAGCGUGAAUAUCGCCCGGAAGGCGAAGAAGAAAGCCGACGGCCCGCUGAAGAUUUUGGCAGGCUGGCUGCUUGAUAACCAGACAGGCUUCGCUUUCAACCUCAUCGCCCUCCUUUUCCUCACCCACAUGUCCAUGUCGAAAGCCCGGCCAUAUACCUCUAAAUUCUUCACGCUUUCACACUACAACCCGAACACUGGCAAAUAUGCUGCCGGCCACGACGACUUGUUCUUCAUGACGUUCUGCAUUGUGCUCUUCAGCGGCCUUCGCGCAGGAGUUAUGGAUUACGUCCUUGCCCCGUUAGCCAGGGUGUGGGGAUUAUCUAAGAAGAAGGAAGUUACCAGAUUCGCCGAGCAAGGCUGGAUGUUGAUAUACUACUCUGUGUUCUGGCCCUUAGGCAUGUACAUUUACCGCAACUCAUCUUACUUCCUCAACAUGGACGAGCUGUGGACCGACUGGCCCCAGAGAGAGCUCGAUGGGCUUAUGAAGGGAUAUAUGCUUGGACAGUGGUCUUUCUGGAUCCAACAGGUUCUCGUUAUUAAUAUUGAGGAUCGUCGAAAGGAUCAUUGGCAAAUGUUGACCCACCACCUCGUCACCAUCGUCCUUAUCUGCGCUUCGUAUGCGUACCAUCAGACCCGGGUUGGGAACUUGAUUCUAGUGAUCAUGGAUGUCGUUGAUUUGAUUUUCCCCCUCGCUAAAUGCUUUAAAUACCUCGGAUACACCACAAUCCCCGAUAUCUUAUUCGCGGUGUUCGUAACCGUGUGGCUCAUCACGCGCCACGUAUUCUUCCUUAUAACCUGCUGGAGCGUUUACUCCGACUUACCCAGGUUAAUAACAUCGGCCUGCUACAGUGGCUCCGCGGACAACCUCCAGGGCCCCCUCGCAGUACCUGGCGACUGGUCUCACCUUCUUGAGCCCUUCCGCGACUCCACGGGCAUUGUCUGCUUCAAUGACAAUAUCAUGCUCGGCUUCCUGUAUUGCCUCCUCAUCUUGCAGGUCAUGAUGUUAAUCUGGUCCGCCUUCAUUGUACGUGUCGCCGUGCGCGUGCUCCAGGGCCACAGUGCGGAGGAUAUCCGAAGCGACGACGAGGGCGAAGAAGAUGUUGAGGACGAUGAGCUCGAGAUUGAGGCAGGCCACCCACUCGAGGAGGAAGUUGGCGUCGAGGCAAUCAACUUGAAGGGAUGGGAGCGCCGCAACAGCAUUAAGCGGGCCGGUAAAUCUAGCGGCAUUACGUUGCCCAGGCAUAGCGGCCCCAAGGAGCUGCUCAAUAGGAUUGGAUGCGAGAAGCAGAUCGACUGAUGGACAUCUUUGAUGAUGGCCAUCUCAUACUGCGCCAAGAGAUCUGGGGAGAUCAGACGCAGAGAUCUGAAUUGGUGGAUACCACCUUUUGGGUCAGCUUGAAACGCCUGGGGAUGCUUGGCGUGGCACGUUACCCCGUCCGAUACUGUUGUCGAUACGAUACACUAGGCAGCACUGUGUGUUGCCCGUCAAUCCCCAGGCGACUGAAAAAGCAGUAAUGGGGCACACCUGGCGCCGUGUCGUGUCGAGGGAUCUGCGUCCAGGGGACGUCGAAAAAUGCGGUCGGUUAUUCAAUUGGAGGUUGGGUCGAAGAUAGAGAACACGGGAUAUCACUUUUUAAUAAUCAAGUUAAGAUACGGCGUAACGAGGAUUGGAGGACUCUUUAUUCUCAACAGUGAGAAGUCCUAGAUGUAUAUGGCGUCAGGUUACUAGGACUAGGUUCAAUGGUGACGGGUGUUUGCAAUAUGAUAAGCUGUAUAUAUGGUCUGGAGGAAUAGAUGUGCCGGGAUGUUAGUUGGAGUCAUCUCGAUGAAGCUUAACUCGAGAUAACAGGGAGCUCAUCCCAUUUCAUCAGCCCUUGCU